GGUCCACUGGCUUGUUCUUCCGAUUGGUAUCUCAGUGGGUCAUCAUGCUACAAAGAAAAUAAAAAAAAUACAUGGAUAGAUGCUCAAAAGGCAUGUUUUGACUUCGGAGGAGGUCUGGUGACGAUAGAUAAUUACUAUCAGCACCUAUUUUUCAUUUUUUUCCUGGAACUUUCUGGUGUAAGGAAAGCGGAAAUAGGUGUAAGUACGAGUUAUUUACUGCAGGCAUCACCAUGUGUUAAAAUCAAGCGUAAAGACAUGCUUACUCAUAUCUUCUUCUUCUUGCUGAGUUGUUUGAAUAUUCUCCUAUGCAUGAUUGUUCUGAUCACAGGAACAAAACAGUUAGUAGCCCAUUCUCCACUUUAAAAAAUACCAUAAUAAUCCUUUUGUCCCCCCCCAAAAUUUUGCAUAACGAUUGUUUUCUUAGAAUCGUCUCAAAACAAACUGAAACUACAAUGGCUAUGCAAAAUGUUUUUGCGGGGGACAAAAAGAUUAUUACGGUAUUUUCUAAAGUGGCCAAUACUUUUCUUCCAUACGAUUGUUGAGAUACAGGAAUUUUGCUACCAUGAUAAGGUGACGUCACACUUCUCUCUAUUGUUGUGCAAUGUUUAGUAAUAGUGCACCGUCUGUCAAUCUAGGCUUACUAAAAAAGACGUAAAAAAAGCACUACCGUUAUUUUAAAGGUGGAUGGCAGUGAUUUGCAGCAUUUUUCGAUUAAUGCGACAAUAACAAACGCCUCAUGAUUAGUGACGAGGCUAUAAAAACUUUUUGACAAGUUUUCAUGUUUUAAAGUACCCUUAAUGAUAGCCUUAAGGUGGCUCGACCCGAAUGAUUAUCUUAGUACAGUAUUCGAUGAUGUUGUUAGCCUGGGCGGGAGCUGCAGAAACAAUUUCCUCCCACCGUCCUCACGGGAAAAGCUUCAACUUGUUAUAAUUCUCUCCCUGCGUGUGAAAAUUCUCUCCUUGCAAGAAAGGGAUGUGCAAUUUGUAAAUCGCCCGUAAAAUUGACACAAUCACUUGGAUAGUAACAAAAGCUUUAUAUGCAUUGUCCAAUAGAAAUAAUACUGAUUUUAAUUUGCUUUGCAAGUGCUUUGCAAGUUUUAAGAGACAGAAAAUUACUGUUUAUAAAUAAAGGUAAAUAUAUAUAUAUAUAUAUAUGUAAAACAAGAAACUUGGGGCAAAAUUAAUGACUCCAAACUAAUGCCAAUCAUUUCUUAUUUUAUAAGGCUAACUUGCCUAUCCAUCCCCGGCUCCGGCAGACCUGAAUGAACCCCCAUUUAAUAUGGGGGUCUUGUUUGUACUUAACUAGAUUUGUUAAUGUCUUGUCUGUAUCCAUUUUUAAGUACGUGUGGGUUGACAACACCAGGAACUCAUCAAAAUGUAGACGAAUGAAGACAGGCCCUCAAAUGAUUGAAGAGCCCGACAACUGUGAAGGUCUCUACAUGAACUAUGUUUGUGAAAGGCCAGCCGCCUCAACUAUAAGUAAAUACCAAUUUUAUAUGAUCCAAUUCUAUUAAAUGUUUAGUUAAUGCCCGGGGGGACUGAUGCUUCCCCAUAUAAAAAGACGGGGAUACUUGACGCCUUGUUUAGGGGUACGGGUAAAUUGCAGAUCAGUUUAGUGUCAUUACUCGAGUUAAGGACUGAGAGCCAUACUUGGACCCACACAAGUAUCGUUAAGGGCUUUGCGCGAAGAAAUGACGGAUAAAGAAGAAGAAAAGAAGACACAGUUAAUAGGCACAAUUCAAACGUCGAACUUUUCAUGUACCGAACUUGAUACCUGUUAAAUGAUAUAGGUUCAACGGUUGUUUCGGACGUUUAAUAGCCAAAAUAUUUUACAGACAUUGGUUGUCUUUACACUAGGCUGUCGAGUAAGACUUAAGAGCCGUUAAGUUUUACUUAACCAAAAAUUCGUGUGUGAAGGGCUAAGUAAGAUCUCAAGUAACUUUGCUUAGCAUCUUAUUAAAGUCGGAAAGUUGAAACGAUUCAAGAAAGUUUCAAGCGACUUGAAAACCAUCCUUAUGACCGACUUAGCUUACUUGCGGUUUUGCGGUUUCUUGAGCUUGAGAAAGGCGAGACAUGUCAAUCAAUCUUAAUUUUGUUGUGUGGGAAUAUAACCUGAAGGAAAUUUACUUGAAGUAAUUAAAAUUUACUUGUCUUGAAACAUGUCUUAGCUUAUUUAGGCUCUAGUGUAAAGACUACCAUUCUCUUACCCUGGGAACGAGGUUGUAAGGGAGUCAUAGUUUUAGUCUUAGUAUUCAAAUCUGGUGACUGACCAGUUCUUUAAUUUUCCCAACUUCGCUCGCACUUGGAUUGAGCUGAAGAUUUUUAAUUCCUACAGACCAUUGAGCUUGAAAAGCCCGCGAAAUGACGCAGACAACACAGUAAUUAGAAAUUAGAAAUUAGAAAUUAAAACCCGCCUACUAAAUGCGUACCGCGGUCACAGGCAAAGGAAAAGUUUCAGAACACUACUUAUCUCCAUUUUUUUCCAAUCACCUGGAGAAAAUGGCUCAAUUUCUUUUUCCUGGCUGGCUAAUUAUCAGUUAUCUUUUGCUGUGAAAAAAGGAAGAAAUAGACAUUCCUGGCUGGGAAAAUGACUUUUUGGUAAAAAUCCUAGCUGGGAAAAGCUCUUAAGGUAAAGAUCCUGCCUGGAUAUUGUACUUUAGCUGGCUUUGGGGAGCGGAUAUAAUUUUCCCACAGAAGUUACUAAUCAACCAAAAAACACUUAGUGACUGUCAAAAUAUUAUUGGAGACGAUAUCCAAUCACUUUCGAAUUUUUUCUCGUUGAGUACUCGUGACUGUUAACGCAGCGGAAUUGCAAACUGUACAAUGCCGCCAGUUGUCACGCCAGGAGUCUUCACGACGCUUUUGCGAGACACCUAAGGUCCUUGAGUUAAAGUACUGCUUUUACCGACAAAGUAUGGAGGGGGACAUGGGGGUUUACGGUAUUGCGGUAUUGGGCUUUUUUUCAUGCGGUAUUUCGGUAAUUUUAAUUUUAACGUGCGGUAUUGCGGUAUCAUCUAGCUCUGCGGUAUGCGGUUUUCAUCAUUUUGGCUGACGGUAUUCGGUGAAAUAAGAUUGUUCACGGUAUUACGGUACCGUUUAUUUGCGCUUUCCUUUCGAUACAAUACGCAAAACAAAACACAGUAAGACAUAAAGGUCAAUAAAAGUUAAUAUUUAGAAGUCUUGAGACAUAACGGUAAAUGAUUACACCAUUUGUGGGUCAUUUUGUGACAGUUAAUGGUCGAUAAUAUACAAUGUGAUUGUUGUUGCAUCCAGUGAUAAUGAGUCGUCUCAAGUUACCUUACCAGGCUUGUCGAUCUGUGUACCUGUGCCGGUAAUUCGAGGUCUUAAACGUUUUCUCACAAUGUCUGAGGUCGCUGAGGUUGAAGACGGCGUGGUCAUUAUUGACUGUGUGGCAAUUUUUUAUGAAGAGGGCGAAGGAGGCGAACAUUUUCGCAACAAGAAUAAGUUUAGAUGUUGGGUUUCGAGAAUUGAAAAACGCCUUGUAAAGUUAAAAGCGAAAAUUUGGUAAGUUUGCCUCUUAACAGCGCGGCGUCAUCCUCGGAGACCCGGGGCAGAUAAAGGGGGCGAGGGAAAGUCUAAACGGGCGGAAAAAUAUAUAUGGAACGAAGAAAAGUAAAGAACGGCGAGAAGAGCCCCUGGGACAAUGUCUUACCAGACCAGUUCCAAACGGUCGCCGCCGUUCUGGCUUCUGAUUGGUGCCAGAAAACUUGUGUUUUUCUGGCACCAAUCAGAAGCCAAAACGGCGGCGACCGUUUGGAACUGGUCUGGUAAGACAUUCCGCCCGUUUAGACUUUCCCUCGUCCCCAGUAUCUGCCCCUGGGUCUCCGAGGAUGGCGUGGCGUGUGAUCUGACCCCUGAGAGACUGACGUGCUAGACUAGACUCACUUUAUAUCGAAACUCGCACUAGACGUGCGUGGAAAGGGUUUUGGUUGGUUUGUUUUUCGCGGUUUCAAGAGUUAUUUUUAUUGGAGUUAAUUAGCUGUCGGGUCGAAAUACCAAAAGGCUGAACGAAUGUAGUUUACUUUUCAGUGAAAAUUUGCCGAAAAUUGCGAACUACCAAAAUAUUAAAAAAAAACAUGGACAUCUGGUGCAUAAAUGCUUGAGAUAAUUAAACGCGCUAGAUGGAAGCAACCAUAAGUAUGCGCAACCGAUUAUAAAUGUGAUUAAAAUAUGCGGUAUCGGUAUUUAGACGAUUUUCGACGCGGUAUUUCGGUAUUUGCCAUUUUUUCUUACAGUAUUGCGGUAUUGGGUACCCCCCAAUGUCCCCCUCAGUAUGUCAAAACCAUGCUUGUUUUCCUCGAAUUUAUUUUUCAGUUCCUCAUAAAUAAAGCUCUACCAGCGUCCACCGGAGAAUUUUAUGGGCAAAAAUGUUAAGGAUAAAUAAAUUGAACGAUUUUGUUUAAAAUUAGUUGUCGUUGCGCAAUAGAUAACGCCUUGACCUUGCACGUCGAAGGUAGGAGGCUUGACUCCCACUAGAGAAAUUUUUUUUUUUGGUCGUUUUGUUUGGUUUUGCUUUUUUCUCAAAACAUAUUUUCAUUUUUUUGACAAACUUAAAAUACACCGCUAGACUAAUUGCAAGUUCAUUAUCAACUUUUAUUCCUAAAAUAAUUAAUCCACGAGUUACCCAUAGGAAUGGCUAACUAAAUUUAUUAAAGAUAGGGGUUAGUAGUAAUAGUCGCUACUGGGUGGCACGACCAAUCAGAAUCGAGUAUUCAAACACGUGACUGAAUUAAUUAACUCUCGACCAAUCAGCGUCCAGGAUUUCAUAGGGUUAGUACUACAUGUAAAACCAUCACGAAAAGUCUCCCAACAUCCCCCCGUCGUGUAAGACACGCGAAAAGUCACGUUUCAACCAAUUUUAUUCUGAGGUCAUACCUAGCGUUACAAUCGGGACGUGUGUGACCUCCUAGUGACGUCACGCCCAUUUCGUUUUAAAAAGUUUAAAAAGUCAUCAAAAAAAUGGCCGGGAAAGCGGUGGUUCGGUGGCCAUCGCCGGUAUUGGCAAGAAGUUCUCGCUUUCGGCCAAUGAGUCCAGUCAGCCAGGUGGGACUCGAGGUUUACAGGUUCGAAUCCUGUCGGGAACGGUUUUUUUUUAUUAUUUACAAAUCUAAUAAAAUAUCUACAUUUUGUGCGUCGCACUCUGUCAACACUCGGUAUCCAAAAGGAUAACUGAUUUGGCUAAUGGUUACAUCAUCACUUAACGUGUAGUCUACCAAAUUGUCUCUGUAACUUAGAUCUUGUUUCGUAGGUAGGUCCUUUUUCAGAUGAUACAAUUAACAUAUUUUGUUGUAAUCUUCGCUUGAACAAAUUGUUCAUUUCCAAUAAGGCAUCAGGAUAAUCGUAGAUAUUGCGUAACAAUGGCAGUUCUGCUGAUCAACGUGGGUUUCAUAAUCUGCUUCUCCGUCAUUUCCUCACACCAUACUUUUUGAAAUGCAAUCCGUUGUAGCUGUAGUUUGUUGGAAAACGGACCACCAUAAGAGAAUUAUUUCUCAGCCAUAGUUGUCUUUGGACAAACACGCCGCCGGUUGAUUAUGCAAAAAUCUUCAACUUAAGACCAGGUAUUGUGUAAAAAAAAAUGCAAUUAAGAAUUAGCCGUUUAGCUUUUGUCAUUUUUAAAAAAAUAAGCGAUUAAGACAUUGAGUUCCAACUUCGAAAAAAGUCAAGGAAUGUUGUUUCACAACCAUCUAGACCAAGUUGUAUUUCUUUGCGAAAUUGUAAUUCUCUGUCUAUCGACAAACCUAUGAAAUACCUGUCGCAAAAACUACAAGACGAUUCAGAAAAAGAGGGCUCUUUUAACCCUGAUUGGAUAGUGAACAAUCUAUUAUGUGUUCAACAUACAAACGCGGUCUCUGUUCAAUCAUGAUUUCAUUCUUAAAAGUUCAGUUUGCUCAGAAAAAAGUCUUAACUCUCACCAACAUUCUUUGAAACAUUGUCCAUCGUCAAAGGAUAGCCAGUUUUAUUGGACAUGUAUUCUAACUGACUUAUGCGGCUUUGGUUGACAAACUCAUCCGACAAGAAAAGCUGAAUCACUGCGACGGUUGUGCUAUUCAACACCCAAGUCAAAACCAACAUUCUUGCCUCAUGAUGGAUAAUGAUGACGCAUGGAAGUAUUACCACGAUGAAGUGGUGGAACAAAUUGACCUGAAUUCUAUGUUGAACGCUACCGAAAGUAUAUGCAGUGCUCUCGGCUUCAAACUAGAUAAAUCAUGGGAAGCGUACUGCCAAAUAUUGUCGUGGACCAGUAUUUACCUCGCUUCUCUGGAACUUGAUGUUGUCCAGCAGGGUGAUGAUCUUCAAAGCCGUAUUUUAUACGCUGUAUACUACCGACCAAAUGGGCUCAAGUGGAAGGAUUUCAGUGAUCAACAAGAAACAAUAGAAUGCCCUGAUAGAGUCGUGAGAAAAGAAGAACACCAAUGGACCUUGACAUGAUAAUAAAUGACAUUCAAAAUAAGCUUUGUUUCUAAAAGUAAUAAAAUUUCUUCAUGAUGACUAAAAUUUCGAGUCGGUGUGUCUUUGUCUCUGUCUUUGUCAAGAUGGGGCUUUCUCUGUCUUUGCUUCGGGUCGACUUUUCUCUGUAUCCCAUUGUAUAAUAUACUAAACACGGUUUGUUGGCUGUCUAGCCGCGCGCGCGUGUGUGCGCCACGCGCGAUUCAAUCACCCGCGUAAAGGAAAAACACAGUGAUAUACAAGGCCCUUGUGGCCCCUGUGGCCCCUGUGGCCAGUUCUCAAUAGUCAUAAACUUCGUGUCAUUAGCGGUUUUAUUCACUUGAUAUCGAACCUUCGUACCGUGAACAUCAUGGGUAAGCGUGUAUCUCGUCAUUGCCCGAUACCGGGAUGUCACUCUAAAUUUUUAGUUCGAUUAGCAAACCAUUUGGCUCAGGUACACGAGCUGUCUGACUUAGAGAGAAAAUAUUGGCUCCAGUUUGCUAAAUUACAAAAUACCAGCAUGGUUCGAGUUUAUGAUAAAGAUACUCCGCCAAAGACCAUUUCGCUAUAAAUAAGAGCAAACGCAGUUGAACCGGUCAGUUGUCAACAUGGACCCAAGGUGGAAACACCCCUUUCCUGCUAUUGUAGCUGGCCCGACUUGUUGUGGAAAAAGUCAUUUUGUCAAACACCUGUUGGAAUCUGGAAAAGAAUUAAUAGACGGAGCUCCUGAAAAUAUCAUUUGGUGUUAUGGAAUAUACCAACCGGCUUAUGAUGAAAUGCUAAGGACUAUUCCCAACAUCACGUUCGUCGAAGGAGUUCCUGGUGAUUUAGAAUCUAUGAUAAACCCAACCAUUCGGAAUUUAGUGGUCAUUGACGAGUUAAUGCAGGAGCUUAGCAAUGAUCAAAGAAUUACCAAUUUGUUUACUAAGGGCUGUCAUCACCGAAAUUUAAGCGUUAUUUUCAUUCUUCAAAAUAUUUUUCACCGGGGAAAAGAACUGAGAGACAUGAGUUUGAAUUGCCAUUAUUUGGUGAUGUUCAAGUCUCCGCGAGAUAGCAGUCAAGUCAGUCACUUGGCGAAACAGAUGUUUCCCGGUCAUGUCAAAUACAUGCAAGAAGCGUUUCAGGAUGCGACAAAACGCCCUUAUGGCUACCUGUUAUGCGACCUCAAACCGGAAACACCUACCGACUUCCGGUUGCGCACAAACAUUUUCCCUGGGGAGACUCAGCUCGCCUAUGUCAGAAAGGUAUAAAAAAGCUCGGUCGUAGUGAUUGAUAUCAGUUGAGUAUGGCCCAGCGACUAAGAAAGAACCACGAUUUUCUUAAGUUCCUCGUCAAGUGUACCCCAGCUGAACGUAAAGCAAUUUUGAAAGCAGCCGACGACGCUUUAGUAAAAACGAUUUGUGAGUGUGUAUUCAACGUACUUAAAGAAACAGUCCCUGUCAGUAAACCGGCAAAGAGAAAACUUCUUAAGCACAACAAAGGCUUGACUGCUCUAGCUGAAAAGAGUACCCCGCUAAACAAGAAAAAGCAAAUCUUGAUACAACACGGAGGAAACUUUUUAAGUGUUUUGCUACCUCCCGUUCUUCGAGUGUUGAGCUCGCUUCUUAGUUAAGAUGAAUCAUACAAGACGCAUGGUUCUCGUUCCUGAAAACACUCUGGAACGAUUGCAGCAACGCCAGCAGAUAUUAACACCACCUGUAACACAAACUCUGAAAAAUCUUGGAUAGCCAAAUGGGGGAUAUUUUAGAAAGUAAACAACUUGGUGAUGAGGAAAAGGCGAAGCUUUACAAUCAGGUGUUGCAACGGUACUUGACUUAUUACGAUCAGCGGAAAGGCCAGCCUCUCCAUGUAAAGUUAACGACCCCUAAAACAACAGAAACCCCCAAACCAGCUGAGAACGCAGAAUCUACAGAGGAAGCUUCUCCAGAUAAUUCUCUUCCAACAGCAGUAGAGGAAGAGGUCUUGAAAAGUGUACCCAAAAUUUACAAAGCUGGGGCUUUACAGUUGUUGGAUAAAAUUAAAAAACACCAGGAUGUGUUGCAUUGGAAUGAUAAAGGAGAGCUGUUGUAUGAAAACAAACCAAUCCCAGGUUCUCAUGUGGUCGACCUAGUCAUUGCGUCACCGAAAAGGAUUUGAACCAGUGGGGUGGUCCGUGUUUGCGAGGGGCCUGGCGCGAAUGAAUGUCCCCGAAAACUUGGUUCGUAAUCCCCAACGUCAGAGUGCCAUAAGAGUCCUUCGCGUUGGCUACCCACCCCACCUGUGACGUUAUCUUCUGUCAAAAAGCAGAGGCGCAGAGUCGAGAGUCCUCGCCCUCAGGCUGUUCGAUGGUUACGAUUAUAAAUCAUGACAAGAGACUUUUUUUAUUGUGAAACACAAAACUUUAUUUUGUAAUUCAAUAAAAUGUGUUGAAAAGAAAUUACAUGGUGUCUGUUUACUGAACUUAGUGUUGUGCUUUUGCUCUUUGCUUGUUUACAUCAGUACGAUAUUUCGGAAAACCUAUAGGAAAAUGUUUUUCAAUAAAUCGUUUUACGAGACUAUCAUUUUUACUUGUGUUUUUAGAAAAAAGAUGGACAAUAGCACUCAUACUUAUUUGCCGAGCACGAUAUAAAGCAAAAUACAAACAGUAAUGUCCGCAGACUUUUGAAUAGAUGCUUUGUAAUGUCACAGUAUUAAAAGUCCACUGGUUAGAAUUGUUGUUUAAAAAGGCAGUAAAUGUUCCUGAAUAUUUGCUGGGUAGUGAUCCGUAAGAAUCGAAAAAUUCUCCCUCUUGCUCCUUGGUGAAAUAAAAGGCCACCCAAUGCGAACCUGGCUUGUCACUCGUAUCUACAUUGGCGAUAAACAGGCUGGGUAAUGUGAAACACUUGCAGGCAGCUGGUCUGAGGGAUACACGCCUUGAAACAAACCUCGUGUAAAUUUAUCCUUUCUCAAAAUAAGGGCCGGGUCAGUUGAAUAGUGUCCAUUUUUAGUUUAUGUAGUCGAACAACACGUUGCGGUUCCCGUCAAUUUCAAUCACGUUUUGGAAUUCAGCGGACACGAUAAGGUUAACCGUAUUGGCCAGUUGUUCCUUGAAAUGAAGCUCAGCGCGCAGGUUACCUUGCUUUAUUAGCUCAAAAUGGUCACCUGAGCAGUGGUCUGGGGACAAGUCAAAGCAGAAUGCUGUGUAACCAGAGCCAUAAUCGUUUCUACUGAUUUGAUUACCCGCAUCUUGGGAUAGCUUUCCAGUGCCUGAGAACAGGCUUUGAUAGCCCGCUAUUACAUUUUGACCUCUAGCUUCGUCAAAAUUCAAGAACAGGGGUUUCCGAGGAAUUUGCUCUCCGUCCACAUAGACACCCACUUGAGUUAGAAUGUGGUGUUUGAAGUUGAACGGGUUGGUACUGUAAGUUCCAUUAUAUGCCUGAGUAUCCACUAAGACCAGCACGAUUUCGUUUAGGAAUGUGACCCAAAAAGAUGUCGGGAUUAAAACUGCUAAAUCCUCUUGGAACAGACAGCACUUUACAAUCGAUUCGGCGAACCGGGUACUUGGCGCUGGAGUGUUUUAGUGCAGCCGCAUGGCCAAGUAUAAUAGAGGAGGCCAAUUUCACCCGGCGAACGAACAAGAUGGCUUCUGUGAUUACCACCUUGAAAGUUGGAGCGGCUGCUGAUGAAAUUAGACAAAACGAGUUCUUGGCUCGGUUCAGUUUGAUUCUUAAAUUCACUCCAUUUAGCAUCAACCGGUCUUGAAAGAAAAUGUCGCUAUGAAUGGACCCCAUCAUAUCCACAAUAUGACUUUCUUUAGUGAAAUCAUAGCGAACCUUUAACCCCUUGUUUGCAGCAUCGUCUGCAGCCACAGGGUUGGCAACAUCCAUUUUUCCAGGGGUAUCUUUGUAAAACAUGGCCAUAGAAAGUUGACUUGUUUUUGCUUCUUCUCCGUAGUUUAGCAAGGUUUCGAUCAUGGCGCGAUAAGGGUAGGUAUUGGUGGAUGGAGAGAUGAAUCGCUCGUUCAAGGAAACGUCCACUUGGGAAAACAGGGAAUGUAAAAACAGGUUCAAGGGACCUACUUGUGUAUCGGCGUCUAUGGAGAUUCCAUUUGCUUUUGUGAUCUUGGCUUUAACAAAUAACUGAGUACGUGCCAAGUCCAAAUACUCAUCUCCAGUUCCGGAAACAUAAAAUUCGAUCGGACCACUGUCCGUGAUGUUACUGAUGGGGUGGUACUCGAUCCAUUGCCCUUUGGAGAUAGAGGUUUGUGUUGCAGGAAUCGUAAAGAGAUCCAACUCUGAUUUCGUACAUUCCUGAGACUCGUGAUGCACAAAGGCCAUAGUUACUUCCAGAAAGAAAAUUUCUCUUUGGGCUUCUUUUGCUGCGGAGAUGUUUUUGCUUUCUUGCCUUGAGGCGAACUGAUUUUGGUUCCUUGCCCUUUUCUUUUUAUAGCUUUUUGCCAGCUCCUGAUUGUGCCUGCAAUGAAUUCUGAGAAGGUAGACCGAGGGCUUGUUUCGUGCGCUUGUGGACUGCUGUUUUAAUGUUAUCUCCAUCAAGAACAUCUUGGACGACAUUGACACCUGUUUGUAAAGCCUUUUUUCCAAUCACCUUAGCACCCUGUUGAAGGUGAGGUAUCGCCCAGCGAAACAGACCACUGAAUAUGGACCCUAGUCCAUAACCACGCUGAAAUCGAGCACCGUGAAACGCUGGUAAACUCGCACCUUUUUGUUUGGCUUGAUUAACAUAGUACUGUUCGUACAACUUGUGAUUUGGAGUGUGGAGUUUUUUCAUCUUUAAAAGUACUGAGGUGCACUUUGACGAAAAUGAAGUGUUAACAACACUCUCCCAGACUCAAAUGGUACAGACUCCCCUGUGUCUGUCUUUAUAUUGACUUCGACAGUUUCAAAUUGCUUUCUGCUGACAGGUAAAUAUUGGGGGGGCAAAAAUGAUUUACUGACUCGUUCCCCAACCUUUCCUUCUACAGGAACAAUUCGAAGCAAAGGUGCCAAUGCAUCUCCAACAUAUUGUGACUGAAUAAGAUCACAGUAAAUGAAAAGGUCGUGAAAGCCGUAUUCCAAAUCCACUUGUCUUUCAGCGGUAGAGGUAUUAGAAAUAAUUUCUUCUGGUGAAAAUCCCAGCAGGUACCCAAUGUUACCAAAGAAAAGUUCUACGUUAUUUUGUAGGCGAACAGUCACCUUUCUAGUGAAGGCAUCGUAGGAAAAUGUCACGUCGUCAUUGAAACGCUUUACAUUCUCGAUCAGCCCUUUCAUCUUUGAUAAGAUUUCUCCAAUGGAAGAAUAAUGACCUGGUGGUACAAUUAGGGCUUCCCAUACUCCGGACAAUUCUUGGUUCCGAAGGUAGAAUCGAUUACCAAAAUUUUCUUGGACAUUAUUCCAGCUGUGAGGAUAGUGAAUUUCCGUUAACGCUACUUCCCAGUCCCCCGUCAAGCUAACGGUCUGAGGUAAAAUAUUUGUACAUCUUAUUCUUAAAUGUUCGGUUAAAACGCUCAACAACUGAGGCUUUGAGCCCAGAGUUAACAGUGAAAAAGGCAAUGUUGUUCAGUCACGCAGAAAUUUCUGGAACACGAGAUUCUUGAACUCUGUUCCUUGAUCUGUUUGCAGUUUGAUGGGUUUGCGACCAGUAGAAAGCAUCUUUUGAAAAGCUUUGACCAGUUCCUGACCUUGUUUUGUCUUCAACGGUAACAAAAACGCGUACUUACUGAAGAUAUCUAUACAAGACAGUAAGUAUUUAUAGCCCUUGUUGUAGCGACUGAGAUUUUGGAGGUCGACCAAAUCCGCUUGAAAUUGCUCAUCUAUUCCAGACACGAUGACUCGACUUCUCUUGUAGCGUCUUCGCGCGGGUUUGUGAAGAGUAUAAACAUCUUGCUGACUCAACCAAUCUCGGACUUGUUUACGCGAUAUCUUGUUCUUUCCUUUCUCUUUGACGGCUCUGUAAACAGCAUCUAAGCCACCGAAACUUGCGGGUUGUCUUGGGUCGAGGUAGAUGCUGGCUAGUUUUUUCUCCAUGACAAAAUUCCGAGUUUUGUACAACCACUUUACCACCGCAGCAAGCUAAUACACAACGUAUGCGACUGAAAAUGUGUUCAAAACCAAAAGUGGAUGAUGGCGGACAGCAACCCAUCACUAGUGUUUACCUGAACGGUAAAAGAUGUAAUGACUUCUCUCUCCCUGGUGCUCCUUUAUAUAGCUACUGUCGAAUCUGGGUGAGAGUGGGAACAAGAAGGUGAAAUAGUAGUUCCCAUUCCUCCUCGGUUAAUUCUAGCUGAUCCGCGAAGUUCAAAAAUACCACCAAUUGUCCCCAGUUUACUUUUGAAAAGACCUCAGAGUGGAGUUUUUUCAACCUUUCUAGACUCGAACCCGGCAGAUCUUUAAAUUUUUGUUGAAGCAUUUCCAUUUCACUUGAAGACACUUUCAAUGUUUUGGCUUGUGCGCGAUACAGAGAAAAGUCGAUCCGAAGCAAAGACAGAGAAAGCCCCAUCUUGACUAAGACAGAGAAAAACACACACUGACUCACAAUUUAGUCAUGAAGAAAUUUUAUUACUUUUAGAAACAAAGCUUAUUUUGAAUGUCAUUAAUUAUCAUAGUCAAGGUCCAUUGGUUGACACGAAGUUUAUGACUAUUGAGAACGGGCCACAGGGGCCACAGGGGCCACAAGGGCCUUGCAUAUCACUAUGUUUUUCCUUUACGCGGGUGAUUGAAUCGCGCGUGGCGCACACACGCGCGCGCGGCUAGACAGACAACAAACCGUGUUUAGUAUAUUAAACCAUAUUCAUUUACAAACUAUGAACAAAUGACAUUUUUUUACACAUAAAGGAAAACUCUUUAUAUACAAUGCGAUACAGAGAAAAGUCGAUAACAGGUAGCCAUAAGGGCGUUUUGUCGCAUCCUGAAACGCUUCUUGCAUGUAUUUGACAUGACCGGGAAACAUCUGUUUCGCCAAGUGACUGACUUGACUGCUAUCUCGCGGAGACUUGAACAUCACCAAAUAAUGGCAAUUCAAACUCAUGUCUCUCAGUUCUUUUCCCCGGUGAAAAAUAUUUUGAAGAAUGAAAAUAACGCUUAAAUUUCGGUGAUGACAGCCCUUAGUAAACAAAUUGGUAAUUCUUUGAUCAUUGCUAAGCUCCUGCAUUAACUCGUCAAUGACCACUAAAUUCCCAAUGGUUGGGUUUAUCAUAGAUUCUAAAUCACCAGGAACUCCUUCGACGAACGUGAUGUUGGGAAUAGUCCUUAGCAUUUCAUCAUAAGCCGGUUGGUAUAUUCCAUAACACCAAAUGAUAUUUUCAGGAGCUCCGUCUAUUAAUUCUUUUCCAGAUUCCAACAGGUGUUUGACAAAAUGACUUUUUCCACAACAAGUCGGGCCAGCUACAAUAGCAGGAAAGGGGUGUUUCCACCUUGGGUCCAUGUUGACAACUGACCGGUUCAACUGCGUUUGCUCUUAUUUAUAGCGAAAUGGUCUUUGGCGGAGUAUCUUUAUCAUAAACUCGAACCAUGCUGGUAUUUUGUAAUUUAGCAAACUGGAGCCAAUAUUUUCUCUCUAAGUCAGACAGCUCGUGUACCUGAGCCAAAUGGUUUGCUAAUCGAACUAAAAAUUUAGAGUGACAUCCCGGUAUCAGGCAAUGACGACAUACACGCUUACCCAUGAUGUUCACGGUACGAAGGUUCGAUAUCAAGUGACUAAAACCGCUAAUGACACGAAGUUUAUGACUAUUGAGAACGGGCCACAGGGGCCACAGGGGCCACAAGGGCCUUGUAUAUCACUGUGUUUUUCCUUUACGCGGGUGAUUGAAUCGCGCGUGGCGCACACACGCGCGCGGCUAGACAGACAACAAACCGUGUUUAGUAUAUUAAACCAUAAAACUAUGAACAAAUGGAUACAGAGAAAAAAACUCGACCGAUACAGAGAGAAAAGACCUAAAGACAGAGAAAGCCCCCAUCUUGACAAAGACAGAGACAAACACACACCGACUCAAAAUUUUAGUCAUCAUGAAGAAAUUUUAUUACUUUUAGAAACAAAGCUUAUUUUGAAUGUCAUUAAUUAUCAUGUCAGGGUCCAUUGGUGUUCUUCUUUUCUCACGACUCUAUCAGGGCAUUCUAUUGUUUCUUGUUGAUCACUGAAAUCCUUCCACUUGAGCCCAUUUGGUCGGUAGUAUACAGCGUAUAAAAUACGGCUUUGAAGAUCACCACCCUGCUGGACAACAUCAAGUUCCAGAGAAGCGAGGUAAAUACUGGUCCACGACAAUAUUUGGCAGUACGCUUCCCAUGAUUUAUCUAGUUUGAAGCCGAGAGCACUGCAUAUACUUUCGGUAGCGUUCAACAUAGAAUUUAGGUCAAUUUGUUCCACCACUUCAUCGUGGUAAUACUUCCACGCGUCAUCAUUAUCCAUCAUGAGGCAAGAAUGUUGGUUUUGACUUGGGUGUUGAAUAGUUCAACCGUCGCAGUGAUUCAGCUUUUCUUGUUGGAUGAGUUUGUCCACCAAAGCCCCAUAAGUCAGUUAGAAUACAUGUCCAAUAAAACUGGCUAUCCUUUGACGAUGGACAAUAUUUCAAAGAAUAUUGGUGAGAGUUAAGACUUUUUCCCGAGCAAACUGAACUUUUAAGAACGAAAUCAUGAUUGAACGGAGACCGCGUUUGUAUGUUGAACACAUAAUAGAUUGUUCACUAUCCAAUCAGGGUUAAAAGAGCCCUCUUUUUCUGAAUCGUCUUGUCGUUUUUGCGACAGGUAUUUCAUAGGUUUGUCGAUAGACAGAGAAUUACAAUUUCGCAAAGAAAUACAACAUGUUCUAGAUGAUUGUGAAACAACAUUCCUUGACUUUUUUCGAAGUGGGAACUCAAUGUCUUAAUCGCUUAUUUUUUUAAAAAAGACAAAAGUUAAACGGCUAAUUCUUAAUUGCAUUUUUUUUUACACGAUACCUGGUCUUAAGUUGAAGAUUUUUGCAUAAUCAACCCGCGUCGUGUUUGUCCAAAGACAACUAUGGCUGAGAAAUAAUUCUGUUAUGGUGGUCCGUUUUCCAACAAACUACAGCUACAACGGAUUGCAUUUCAAAAAGUAUGGUGUGAGGAAAUGACGGAGAAGCAGAUUAUGAAACCCACGUUGAUCAGCAGAACUGCCAUUAUUACGCAAUAUCUACGAUUAUCCUGAUGCCUUAUUGGAAAUGAGCAAUUUGUUCAAGCGAAGAUUACAACAAAAUAUGUUAAUUGUAUCAUCUGAAAAAAGGACCUACCUGCGAACCAAGAUCUAAGUUACAGAGACAAUUUGGUAGACUACACGUUAAGUGAUGAUGUAACCAUUAGCCAAAUCAGUUAUCCUUUUGGAUACCGAGUGUUGACAGAGUGCGACGCACAAAAUGUAGAUAUUUUAUUAGAUUUGUAAAUAAAAAAAAUACCGUUCCCGACAGGAUUCGAACCUGUAAGCCUCGAGUCCCACGUGGCUGGCUGGACUCAUCGGCCGAAAGCGAGAACUUCUUGCCAGUACUGGCGAUGGCCACUGAACCUCCGCUUUCCCGGGCAUUUUUUUGAUGACUUUUUAAACUUUUUAAAACGAAAUGGGCGUGACGUCACUAGGAGGUCACACACGUCCCGAUUGUAACGCUAGGUAUGACGUCAGAAUAAAAUUGGUUGAAACGUGACUUUUCGUGUGUCUUACAUGACGGGGGGAUGUUGGGAGACUUUUCGUGAUGGUUUUACAUGUAGUACUAACCCCAUGAAAUCCUGGACGCUGAUUGGUCGAGAGUUAAUUAAUUCAGUCACGUGUUUGAAUACUCGAUUCUGAUUGGUCGUGCCACCCAGUAGCGACUAUUACUACUGGGGUUACUCUGGCCGCCUUCAUUUGCUUGGGAAAAUCCCAGUUUCUAUCUGUUUUUAAUGCUUGAUAAUGAAGGCCAAACAAUACCUUUGGCCACUUUCGAUUACUUACACUUUCCUUUUGUUUACAAAUAUUUCACUCAACAAAUUUCAAAUCGUUUUGGCGUUUGGGGCUAGGGAAACGAGAGGAAGAUAAGACUCCGCUUCGAAAUUUGUCUUGGAUAUCUCCCUUGCCAGAUCAGGGCCGAUAGUUGUGAAAAAAAAAUUGUUGAUAGGUUUAACGAGUUGGUUUGCAGAAUUAAUUUUCAAUCUUAAUUUCAGAUGUUUCGAUUUUUUCAUUAUAUUAUUUGCGCGAUGUUACCCCAUGUUUUGCGCGUGUUUCCUUUGCUCAUUUCCAGAUUAUCUGAAAUACUGCCGCUUAGCUACUUUAAUGGCAUUUUUUGUCUCAUACCUUUCUUUCGCCAAGCCUUCCGUAGUGACCUUGCAGGGGCACCCAAGGUCAAUUUUCGGAAAAUAGCUGUUCGGAAGUCGAUUUGAGAUCUAGAAUUUCCGGAACAUUUUUUGUAAAAUUUCUUGCUUGCCUGCCUCUCCUAGGAUUUUCGAACAUCUAAAAAAUGGUAUAAUUGCCCAUCUUUAACGGAUUUUUACCCUAAAAAGGUCACCUAGAAUUUUCGGGAACUUUUUUUCUGGCUGAAAUUUUCGAAAAUGUAAGUUUUGAUCCCUAUAAUUUUCGGAUUACUACACUUUCAGCUAGGAAAUCCGAACAGAUGAAAAAUUUUUAGGGAAAAAAAAUAUGCCCAUACCUACCGUUUAAGUAUUAAAAUACGUUUAACAAUGCUAUGUUUGAGUGAUUUCGAACUAUAUUCUCGUUGGGUGCCCCUGACCUUGUCAGAUAUUCUGUAUCUAAAACACCCACGUAAUAAGUAGUCUGCUACACAGCCGUUUUUAGUGUCGUCACGCAAUGCUCCUCCCCACUAACUUUGUGGGGAGGAGCGUUGCGUGACGACACUAAAAACGGCUGUGUAGCAGACUACGUAAUAAGGCGAGUACCCUCUCAGUUAUCCUGCAUUUCUCCACAGGCAGUAUUUGUUAUCAGAACCCAAACAACGACUCAUCGGAUACCAUCAAAGUCAACUGUUCAUUCCCAGAAAACCUUUGUUUCAAAUUUGACAACAAAACGGAGGAUAACGAACAAGUCACC